AUGCCGAAGGCCGGCGGCGGGGCGGGGGACGAGGAGGAGUUCCGCGCCGAGGUGGAGGAGCGCCUCAUCAACGAGGAGUACAAGAUCUGGAAGAAGAACACGCCCUUCCUCUACGACCUCGUCAUCACCCACGCGCUUGAAUGGCCCUCCCUCACCGUGCAGUGGCUCCCCGACCGCACGGAGCCGCCGGGGAAGGACCACUCCGUCCAGAAGAUGAUCCUCGGCACGCACACCUCCGACAACGAGCCCAACUACCUCAUGCUCGCGCAGGUCCAGCUGCCCCUCGACGACGCCGAGGCCGACGCGCGCCACUACGACGAUGACCACGCCGACAUCGGGGGGUUCGGCGCCGCUUCCGGCAAGGUGCAAAUUGUUCAGCAGAUAAAUCAUGAUGGAGAGGUCAAUCGAGCUCGCUAUAUGCCCCAAAAUUCAUUUAUAAUUGCUACCAAGACAGUUAGUGCAGAAGUAUAUGUCUUCGACUAUAGCAAGCACCCAUCUAAGCCUCCACUAGAUGGUGCAUGCAACCCUGAUUUACGGCUGAAGGGACAUAAUUCUGAAGGAUAUGGCUUAUCAUGGAGUAUUUUUAAAGAGGGUCAUUUGUUAAGUGGGUCUGAUGAUGCUCAAAUUUGCUUGUGGGACAUUAAAGCAAAUAGUAAAAACAAAAGUCUUGAUGCCCUGCAGAUUUUUAAGCAUCAUGAUGGUGUCGUUGAAGAUGUUGCUUGGCACUUGAGGCAUGAGUACUUAUUUGGGUCAGUUGGUGAUGAUCAUCAUCUUUUGAUUUGGGACCUGCGGUCUCCUGCGCCUACUAAGCCUGUUCAGUCAGUGGUGGCACACCAGGGCGAGGUGAACUGCCUGGCUUUCAACCCGUUCAACGAAUGGGUUGUUGCAACUGGUUCUACUGACAAGACUGUCAAAUUAUUUGAUCUUAGGAAGAUUGAUACUUCUCUGCACACCUUUGACUGUCACAAAGAGGAAGUUUUUCAAGUUGGAUGGAGUCCAAAGAAUGAAACUAUACUUGCAUCCUGUUGUCUGGGCAGAAGACUUAUGAUCUGGGACCUAAGCAGGAUCGACCAAGAACAAACACCAGAGGAUGCAGAAGAUGGUCCUCCAGAGCUCAUGUUCAUCCACGGAGGCCAUACCAGCAAGAUCUCUGAUUUCUCCUGGAACCCCUGCGAGGACUGGGUGAUUGCUAGCGUCGCUGAAGACAACAUCCUCCAGAUAUGGCAGAUGGCUGAGAACAUCUACCAUGACGAAGAUGAUCUGCCCAUAAGCGAUGAGCCGGCAAAGACAUCUUGA